AUGGAGACCCCAUACACACCAUCUCAAGCCUACAUUGAUGAGUUUGACCCUAUAACCUAUUACAGAACCUACUAUCACCCCGAAGAAGGAUCAUUUGUUGGAGAAUGGGUUGGUUUUGUAUUGCGGAAUUUUCAUGAAACUUUCACUUCAGGUGGUGUUAAAGGAGACCUUCUAAUUGACUUUGGAAGCUGGACCCACAAUUUAUCAGCUUCUCUCGGCUUGUGAAGCUUUCAACAAUAUCAUCACUUCUGACUUUCUUGAGCAAAACAGAGCACAGCUACAGAAGUGGCUGAGGAAGGAUCCCGAUGCAUUGGACUGGACUCCAUUUGUUAAGAGGGUGUGUGAGCUGGAAGGUAAUAGUGACAGUGAGAGCUGUAAGAGAAAGGAAGAGAAACUGAGAAGAACAGUGACAAAAGUUCUGAAAUGUGAUGCUCUGAAGAAGAAGCCAUAUGACCCGGUGGAGAUGCCUCAAGCUGAUUGCCUGAUUAGUUGCCUCUGCUUAGAAGCACCCUGCAAAGAUGUAGAAUCCUUCACCCAUGUUUUGAGGAAUUUUAAGGACCUCAUUAAACCAGGAGGUCACAUAAUAAUUCAGAGUGUGCUGAACUCUUCCUACUAUUAUGUUGGCCAAAAAAAGUUUUUUUCCCUGGCCAUUACUAAGGAAGAACUUGAAAAGGCAUUUAAGGAGGCUGGCUAUGAAAUAGUGAAACUAAAGGUCAUUCCAUUAAUUGAAAAGUCAAGGUUGAACAUCUGUGGUCAGGAUGGCUAUUACUUUCUCCAUGCCCGUAAGCCAUGUUCAUAG